GGGAUCAUCAGCGAGUGUGUUGAGAAUCAGGUUAUUCAGGGACUCUACAGAGUCUAUCAGGCUGUUUCAGAUGAAAACUUUAAGCUAGAAUACUUGCAAAACAUGAAGAUGAGUUCCUUGCCGCAAUCUUGUCGUUCACGAAUGUUGAGGAGGGAGAAGCGUGCCCCUCAUCCGCGACUUGCAUGUCUGCUUGCUUUCCCUUUUAGAACAUGCACGUGGCUAUUUUCGUCUGGAGCUGGGGUCGUCACUGGUCAAGUGUCUCUUCCUGGAGAACGAGCAACUUUACCAGAAGGCUCGGUCGCGACCGGCACGGCUCGACGCGUCCUCACAGAGGAGCAAGGCUCCGCCCCUAGAGCAGAGGAAUCUCCGGAGACGGACCCAAGACGACCGCCUGGCACGGAGCGGUUGACAGGACUCAAAAAGCCCGUUCUUGAGGAAGGAGAGAAAGCGGUGGAACUGUCACCUGGCGAAGCGGGACACCUGAAGAAUGAAAUGGUCAAUCGUGCUCAACAGCAGAAUCUUGCUCAGAAUCCUGAGCAAGCAGAUGGAGGCGAAAAGAAGAAACAGCAUGGAGUGAGAAAUACUUUGAAUGGAUACUACGAAAAAUACAUCACGUCCAUCUUAGACGAUGCACACGGGAAAAGGGUAGCUGUGAACGUGAACAAAGUUUUACCAGCUGCUAGUCCGCAGGAGACCUAUCGAUACUACGACGUUCCGUUAGCCUGUCCUCCAGACCUUGUGUACCUUAUGGUGAUGCCGGUCUUUGUUUAUUCUCUGAUCCAGUUGAGAAUUCGUUGCAUUAAAAUUAUUCACGUGAGAAUAUGGGAGGACUCCACUACGCUAUUAACAGAUUAUAAGUAGCCCAGAUAAGGAGCCUUUUACUUGCUUUAGAGGAGAGGAAACUUAGAAGUCGCACAUGAUCUGUCAAUAGAAGGAUUGCCACUCAGCAGCAAUAUUUAUUAUACUUCAAUAGUUUUGAUCGUGGUGCUUCAAUCUAAGUCUUCGCAGUUGAUGAGUCUAGGACAAAUUGUAAAGGGCGACCGACUGGUAUCUUCGCGCCUCGAUUUUCCAAGAUUGCCGGCAAAAUUCUAUAGUGCGAAGUUGCCCGAUGGCGACCAGUAUCUUUAUGAUAGAUUUUCUUUUUGGAGAUAUUCUUAAUGUAAUAUUAAGCCUACUUUUUGGAGAUGGUCUUCACCUACAGGAAAGUAAUGAUAGUCGCACUGCAUCUCUAAGGUAUACAGCAACCUCAUAAUUACUUCCAUCGUGACACAGAAGACAGAAGUAGCUAUCACUUUCCCUAAUUGUACUGCUCUCACUAUUAUACACCACGCAUCUCAGCAGGACCUCUUCUAUUGGUCUCAGUACCGUAGAUACGCACCAUCUCGUCCUCCCGUCUUUCAUACUCGCGACCGCUUUAUCCACCAAGAACCGGAGCGCGUGGUGUGCACCCGUUAUUACGGACCCGAGCAGCUUCAAGAUCUUAGAGAGAUGAUCGAUCGACAGUUCAUUUUCGAGCUGGAAGUGGAUGAGUUUCCCAUAUUUAUGGCUUUCCCCUCUAAACUGAUCUUCGAUGGUGUCCUUCUCUUUAACAAGGGAAGAAGAAGGGUGACGAAGGGAUAGACGUCGAAGAUGAGUGGCUUUGAAGAUGCGUGACUUGGAAUACGUUAUCCUCUAAUACGUCUGGAUUCGUCGGACUCAAAAUCGACACGGAAACCUACGAUAGCUAUGCCACCCUGGAGACGCAACAAAAGAAAGAAGCCAAGGACGAUCCAAAUGCAGAUAUGGAAGCCAUGGUAUUUUUAGGUUUUGUGAGUAGCUGUAGGCUAGACCUAGAGUAGAGUCAAUUAUGAAUGAUAUGCAUAGCUACUUACUUGUUACGCACUGGACUAGAACAACCGCACUGGACUAGAACAACACCUCGUAGUACUAGAACGACACUACGUUUUUAAGAAAGCUCGGUAAAAACUAAAACAACAGACCGAAUACACUGCCACGCGGAUGUGGGGUAUGUAUCACCAAAUAAUGUCUGAUGACGAUUAUCCAGCAGAAGAUGCGGAUGGGAAGCCGCUGAAGUACAGGUAUUUUCUCGCUACCCGGUUCAAUUUGCAGUUGACGCAUCAACAUGGCGAUAUUCGAGAAGUGAAAAUGCAAGAAGCGCCGCUCAAAUACCUCUUAAGGCUACAAGCAAUGCAUCUUAACAAGCAUCUUGGUCCCAUUUCUAAAGGGAAAAGGGGGCUCGACUUUCUGCCGAAGACGGAUUCUCCUUAGUUCUAAACCUCACGGAGAUUACUGAGAUGCCAAAGGAUGGCAGCUACCUGAAAGUCGAUUGGAAACUGGCGGUAUUCUGUGUUAGAUUUGGGACUUUUAUUCAAAUUUUGUACUUGUUUAUGUUUUACGGGGUGUUUGCACUUGCAAGUCGCUUAAGUAGUGACUUUCACAACUUCAGCGAGCGAUGCAGAGCUGGGUCGCUUAAGUAGUGACUGUCACCACUUAUGCGAGCGACGGAGUCACCGGUUAAGCGCGCGCACUUGACGCACUUUACGAGGCACUUCAGGGGCGCUCCCUUAAGUGCCUCAAGCAGCGCUUAGCGAGGCACUGACUAAAGGGACGCGCCCCCUAAGUGCCUCGAGCAGCACUUAGCGAGGCACCUUAGGAGGCAUUUCCGGGACACGUCCCUUAAGUGCCUCGAGCAGCACUUAACGAGGCACCUUACGAGACACUUAAGGGGCGCGCCCCUUAAGUUCCUCGGGCAGCACUUAGCGAGGCACUUGACGAGGCACGUAAGGGACGCUCCCCUUAGGUGCCUCAAGCAGUACUUAGCGAGGCACUUAAGGGGCGCUCACGCCGCACUCAUCCAGCGAGGCGGCCUCUAAUUGUGUAUCUCUGAUUUCAUUCAGCCACCGACUUACCUAUACUUGCUCCACUUACAUAGAUACCAACCAGUCGCAAUCGUACUUCAACAUUACUUCUACAUAGCCAAUAUUCUUCUCGACCCUCACUUAUACCAUAAGUAGAUAGAGUAGAUCGAGAUACUAACCAAGAACAUGAAUCUAUCCCAACACGGACCACACUCAACAUGCAGGUCGGGUGGUGGCCUAGUGAAGAUUCCUACCCCACAACACGUGAAGAAGCUAUUGAUCAGCAGAUCGAGGAUAAUGAUUUUCAUAUGUGGCACGAUUUGGACGAGGACAUGGACGAUGAAAAGAAGAGCGAGCAAUGGUCAUGGCUGGACUUGCCGGAUAUUAUGGAUGGAUGGUGGUGGUGGAUUGUGUACUGGGGCUCCUCGUCCGGCAGUUUAGUUUCAGCUGUAACACGGAGCGAACACAUGACAUGACUAGUUUCAGCUAUUGGACACUUGUGCAGAGUCCAAAUUUACAUGCUCUAACUCUCGUCCCAAAUUCCGGAUGAGGGUGCAUUGGAUGGGCAUCGGCAACUCUCUGCUUAUCCUCUUGGUCCUUCUGGUGGUUCAAGUUUGGUACCUAUCGCGGAACGUGACCCAAGACUUGCUGAGCCCAGACCAUUUCUACGCAGAAGUUGCCGGAAGUCAGGGAAGCGUGUUACCUACAAGCCUUGGUUAAGGCUACCGCUAAAGGAUCCUCAAUGUCAUCCUUAGUCCUUUUUCUAAUUGAAAAAGAAGUUCUUAAGGAUUACAGUCUCCAGGAGGACGCGAAAGCGGUGGCUCCAAGUCGGAAGUUCCGUGGAAAUGACGAGUAUGAGUGGUGGUGCGGGAAAGAAAAAAGGCACUGGCGUGCCUGGUACUGGGGGAACACGUGAAUUGAGGCCAUCUGAACUCGGCAUCGCGAUCGGAUGGAAGCUGCUGCACGCGUUAUGGCUAUAAAGGAUUACUCUUGAUGGGGGUGUCGGAUUGUAGUGAUCCUCGUACAAAGGAAUUUUCUAUCACCCACCAUUUUCAAUUUUGAUUCGCACGUAGUACUUACAAGCAACCAAUCUCAACAUAAAAAUACUGCUUUUAGAUUCUCCCCUUGCCCCCUUCAAACGCCGACGUCUUCCGAACACCACCUAUGAGACUGUGGCUCUGUGCGAGCGUUGGCGCAGGCAUACAAUUGCUCUGUAUGAGCUUUUUCGUCAUUGCCUGUGGGUGCAUCGAGCACUUCCAUCAUCGCGGGAGCGUCAUGAGUGCCUUGUUCUACUUAUGGAAGCAAUUAUACUUCUAGACGUUUGUCAGGACUCGUUUUUGCACUCAUGUUAAUAUUACGUCUCAACAUUCUACAAGAACUUCCUUUACUCUCUCCAAGGGUUAUCUCGUUCACCCUAUACUAGCGCCGCCGGCACAAGAAAAAUUGUCAUGAUUUCCAUAAAGUCUCAUCUUCUAAGCCAUGGUUACAUUUUCUCCUCGCUUGUUGGUGGGUACGUGAGUGGCAGUUGGUACCAGCGUCUAGGGGGACAAUCGUGGACCCUGAACAUGUUCGCAACUAGUGUCAUCUUCGCAGGUCCCUGUUUCGCGGUGUGGGCAGCGGGAAACACGAUCGCGAUAUUCUACAACUCGACAGCGGCACUGCCGUUCCUCUACAUUGUGCUGUUCUUUUACGGCUAGUAUUACUUCUCUGGUACUAGACUAAAUUUACUAAAGUGAGCAGCAUUAUAAAGUUAUAAACAAUUCUACUUCUGUAGUACUACCGUUAAUAUGCACAUUAUAUGAGUACAUCUUGUGAGUACUAGUUUCAGUAGAAAUAUAUAUCAUCUCGUCCUCCACACUUGAGUCAUCCUCUCCAUCUCUCUAAUCUCAGUUUCUCUAUGUUUGUGUUACAGUCCCACUCACACUAGUAGGCUGUGCCCUUGGGAGACAGGUUGCGAUACGAGAUCUGCGAAAAAGCGAACAGGCCAGCUAUUUCCCCUGUCGCACGAACAAGCUAGAACGCAAAGUUCCGCGAUCACCGUGUUAAGACUGGUUUUGUUUGUGAAAGUAAGGUGAGUGAAGGUGGCUAAUCUCUGCGCCGUCCAGUAGUUGCUUUGAGUUGAAACCAAGCAUCCUCUAAUCGCCGUUUUGCACACCACCGGUCCAGUAUACGAUUUGCGGUCUUCUCCCCUUUUCCUCGCUUUACGUGGAGAUUCACUAUAUUUUUGAUAGUAUGUGGGGUCCUGCUCGCUACACGGUGUACGGCAUUUUGCUGUUUGCGGUGCUCCUCGCCUUGUUGAACUCGGGUCUCGUGUCAGUGCUGUUUCUGUUUAUGAAAUUGCGACUUUAGAAGACUUGGAUCUUCAGCUCAAUCCUGUUAAUGUCAGUCAACAACUGAAGACUCUCGUAAUCAUGAGAGGGUCAGGAUGUGACUACCUCAUUAGGAACUCCGCAGAAUAGAAAUAGAUUUGGCACAGCUGGCUCCAUGAUCACCCUUUCUAACCCGUACCUGCAGUUGUCCUCAGAAAAUUGGCGAUGGUACUGGAAUUCUUUCCUUAGCGGUGCGGCAGCGGCGGCCUUCUUCUUGCUGUAUUGCGCUUACUUCUUCAUGACCACCGAGAUGGAUUCCUUUUUGCAAGUAAGCUUCUACGGUCUUUACUGCAUCCUACUGGCCUACGCGGCGGCGCUCAUCAUGGGAGCCCUCACAUUCGUCACAUGCGCAAACUUCAUGCGCUUCAUAUACAAAUACGCGAAAAGCGACUAAGCAGAGAUACACAAGGAGUUCAUCUGUAGUUGGAUGAAGAUUUAGAUAUUUUGUAAGUGUCUACUAGUUAAGUACUCAUGAUCAUUCUAAGAAUGCUCCUUCAUCCACAUCAAAGAAUACUUGUAAUUGGUGCGCACAGAUUGAUGUUGUUUGCCACCUACCCAAAAUCGUGAGACAAUCCAUGGCUAUAUUGUUGACAUUCAAAGAAUAUAGGACAAGAAUAAUAAAGAACAGGAUUGUAUUCAGAAUUGACGAAGUUGUAGUGCUUUUGCUAAUGAAUAAUGAGGUCAAGAUUGUCCUCACUGAAAAACGAUUAUAUAACGAACAUGCCUAGGACAAUUUCGCAAGUGAAUUCGAAAACAUAAUGGAGUUAAACG